AUGUCUCGCGGCGGCACCACCCUUUACGUGACCGGCUUCAGCCACGGCACCCGCGCUCGCGACCUCGCCUACGAGUUCGAACGGUAUGUCAACCUCGCCCACGCCCACGCUCACGCCCACGUCCACGUCCGCGUCCUCGUCCUAUCGUCUUCGCGCGCGCCUUCGUCUAUCUAUGGCAGACUGGUUCGCUGCGAUAUUCCUGCGCCCAGGUCUACGUCCAGCCGUCUCUUCGCCUUUGUUGAGUAUGAGGACCGACGUGAUGCUGAUGAUGCUUAUCACGAGAUGCACAACAAACGUAUUGGUCGUGAUGACAUUCUAAAGAUUGAGUGGGCUCGCACUCCUCCAUCUGCAUCUUGGCGCUUUGAGUCAGGCCGCGAUCGUGACCGACGUGGUGGUGCUCGCUCCCCUAGACGUGGACGUUCUCCUUCUCCUCGCCGCAGCACUCGCGAUUAUUCUCCUCGCAAGGACGACCGCAGGGACCGUGACCGAGAUUAUGAUCGUGAGAGCCGACGUGACAGGGAUCGCUCCCGCAGUCCUGACCACCGGGACCGUGAGCGUGACUCAAAGGAUGAUCGGGAGGACCGUGACCGCCGAGAGAACGGCACUAACGGUGAUGACCGAAAGCCUCUCGACAGUCCUCCCCCUGCUAACGAGGAUCUCGACGUCGCCGAGUGA